CCUGCCCAUCGCCCACACUUCCCAACACCGCAACACCCACCGCAUCAGAGAGCAUUCCCUUCAUCAACUGCACCCGCACGCAUCCGCAACGCCAUGUCAUCGAGCACAUUGACCAACGUCGCCGAGUAUUUGGGUCUCAAGCGAGUCACCCCUGAAGAACAGGUCAAGCGAUGGAGACAAUCGAUCCGAGGACAAGAGCGCGAGCUGGACAAGCAGAUCCGCAAUAUCGAGGCCCAGGAAGUCAAGGUCAAGCGGUCCAUCAAGGAUGCCGCCAAGCGCAACGACCGCGCAAGCUGCAAGCUUCUCGCCAAGGAAAUCGUCCGUUCGCGGAAGGCCAAGGACCGGCUGCACACCAGCAAGGCCCAGCUCAACUCGAUGGUCAUGCAACUGCAGCAGCAGCUGGCUGCUGUGCGGCUGGCUGGAAGUCUGCAAAAGUCGACCGAAGUCAUGAAGCUGAUGAACCGACUGAUCAAGCUCCCCGAGCUCUCAAAAGAUAUGCAGCAGCUGCAGAUGGAGAUGACAAAGGCCGGAGUCAUUGAGGAGAUGCUGGACGAUACACUGGAGAUGGACGAGGAAGAGAUCGAAGAUGAGGCCGAGGAGGAGGUCAACAAGGUCCUCUUUGAACUGACGGACGGUCGCCUGGGAGAAGCCGGAGCGGUUGGAGCCGAAUUGGCGGCCGAAGAACCCGCCGCUGUCGAGGAAACCGACGAAGCCGAGAGUAUGGCUGCUCGCCUGCAAGCCCUGAGAGCAGUUUGAUCGAAAUCCAUCCCCUGCGGCACUGCGUUGGUGGGGCGGCGCCACCGGAAAUCAACCCUGGUCUGUCACCCGAACAAGCUGCUCUCUGCUCAGAAUCAGGCCGACGAACAGUGAUGC